GUCGCCUCCCCCUGAAUGAGUUAUGAUGUAUUGCGGUACCAUAGUGUAAACAAAACAAUGAUGCCGUUAUAUUUUACUUUUCUGUUUCUGAUACUUGUUGCAACAGCCAGUGGGAAACCACCACAUGUUGUGUUCAUGGUUGUAGAUGAUUUAGGCUGGAAUGACGUGGGUUUCAACAACCCCGACAUCAAAUCUCCGAACAUUGACAGCCUGGCUCAUGAUGGGGUCAUCCUCAACCAUGCCUAUGUGCAGCCCCUUUGCUCACCGUCACGAAGUGCGUUCAUGACCAGCUACUACCCAUUUAGGCUUGGGCUACAGCAUAUGGUGAUCAACGCACAACAGCCUGUGUGUGCCCCCCUGGACAAGACACUCUUACCCCAAGUCCUCAAGAAGAAUGGCUAUGCCACGCACAUGCUGGGAAAAUGGCACUUAGGCUUUUGUCGGCCGGAGUGCACGCCCACACACAGAGGCUUUGACUCCUACUUUGGCUACUACAACAGUAGAGAGGAUUAUUAUGUUAAAGUUCAGGGUUCCCUUACGUUACUACGACAUGUACCCGAACAUCACCAUCGAUGGAAGACGGAUAUUUUCAGGCAUGGUGUCAGCAGCGGACGAGGUCGUGGGUCGGCUGGUCAAGGUGCUGAAAGAGAAAGCCAUGUUUGAUGACACCAUCAUCUUCUUCACUGCUGAUAAUGGUGGCUGGGUACCUUACCACGGGAACAACUACCCACUGAGGGGAGGCAAGAUCACCAUCUGGGAGGGUGGCACCCGUGUGCCCGCCUUCGUGCACGGGAAACCUCUGCAGAAAACUGGAGUGAGAUAUGACGGUCUGAUGCAUGCGGUCGACUGGUUCCCCACAAUUCUGGAGGCAGCCGGAAUAAGUUACUCUGAUCCGAAGAGAGACGGCAUCAGCCAGUGGAAGUCCAUCACUACAUUGUCGGCCUCCAAACGUACAGAGUUUGUGUAUAACUUGGACAACCAUACUACUCCCUUUCAGGGCCAUGCGGCCAUCAGAGUGGGCGACUUUAAACUGAUCGAAGGUUACCCAGGGCUGUACAACGGCUGGUACAAACCGAACGACAGCUGGCCAGGAGAGAAGCCCAACCCAGACUACUCAGACCUGCACGUACAAAUGGACCCGUACAGUUACUCUAACUGGACCAAUUUUAAAGGUCUCUACAACAUCAGAGAUGAUCCGUAUGAACAUACCAACUUGUACGACAAACUCCCCGAGGUGGUGAAGAAACUCCAGGCCCGUAUGUCUUACUACUAUACAAUGAUGGUGCCGGCCAACUACCCACCAAAGGACCCCAAAGGAAACCCCAUGAACUUUGACCUGUGGUGGCAGCCAGGUUGGUGUUGAGCGGUCAAGAGGUCAACUGUGUGCUCAAUGCUGAGACAUACGUGAGGCAGCGUGGUGAAAUCAAGCGCUCGUCAAAAUAAUCAAAGUAAAUAGAAACUGGCAUUUUUCUGCAGGU